CGUGCACGACAUCUGUAAACAAAGCGGGCAAAUGGGGGUGCAGGAAUUUUUCGGGAAUUGAAAAGCUCCCCGAAAGGGUGGCAAUUUCCCAAGUAGGUCAGCAGCGGAGACACGAAUCUAGUCAUCAAUCAGAGAUGCGGAGGAGCGGCGGAAAAUGUUGGACUUGCGAAAUUGGGCAGCACGCGAGGCAGCGCCUGCGGGCGGCUCGGAAACGGGUUUGAAAAGCUGCGAAAACCAUUUUUAUAGCGAUCGUUUUAUUACUUCUCAAGGGAACAAUUAUACUGUCGCAAUCGCACCAAUGAAUUGUUAGUUUAAUCGAAGAAAAAUGAGCUUUCGCAGCAAGGAGCCGCACAACUUCCUGCGCUGCAAGUCGUCCAAGAAGGGCAAAAAGUACCCUGACGAGAUGGCCGAGCCGCCGAUGGGCAGGUCGGGCCGACGCAACACGCUGCCCAACCUGUUCCCGGACGGCGAGGACCUGCAGUCGAUGCUGGCCAAGCAGCAGCGCGACAAGCAGAAGUCGCAGGAGGACCUGAAGCUGCCCGCGGUCGACAAGGGCGCCAGGUCGGACGUGCCCUUCCUCGACUCGCUCAUCAAGCGCAAGAACAAGCUGCGCCAGAGCUUCCACGGCACCCUCUCCUCCAGCCUGCCCUCCUCUAAUAAAUUACUGAUGCGCCACGGCACCUCCUCCGGCAAGAGUGGCAAAAGCAAAGCGGGCAGCAGCAGCAACUCGACGCCGCCCACCUCGUGCGAAAACUCGCCCUUCAUGAAAAGGGUCGAGUCCACCGGACGCUUCCGACGCAAAGAGCCUUCAGACUCCUUCGAAAGUGCCGCCAACAAAAGUCUGCCGUCCACUCCGAAUACGGAAACGGUUGAGACAGCAAGUGUUUCUAAAAGUAUGACUGACGAGGCCAGUGAUGAGCCAAGUGGUGCCCUAAUGGAAGGCCUGGCGCGACAGGCACUUCUUGCAGCUAGAGUUUUUCACUUGAUUCCCGUAGAAAGGGCUAGGGAAAGGAAUUUUCUACAAGGGAGGAUCGCUUCCGUCUCUCUAAUGGGCAAGAUGGAGUUGGAAAAGGUGCUGCCUCACAGGGAGGUGUCCAUCUUCGUCGCCACCUGGAACAUGAACGGCCAACAACCCCCGAAGGACCUGAACGACCUUUUCCUCCCUGCCGAGUUGGAGCACGUCCCUGACAUCAUGGUCGUCGGCACUCAGGAGUCCUUCCCUGAGAAGAACGAGUGGGAGGUGCAGAUCCAGGAGACUCUGGGGCCGUCGCACGUCCUCUUCCACUCGGCCGUCUUCGGCGUGCUCCACAUUUGCAUUUUCAUGCGCAGGGACUUGAUUUGGUUCUGCUCCAUUCCCGAAGAGGCCAACGUCAGCACCAGGACGGCCGCUGCCUUCAGGACAAAGGGCGCGGUGGCGAUCGGAUUCCUGCUGUUCGGGACGUCGUUCCUGUUCAUCUGCUCGCACCUGACGGCGCACGCGGACAAGGUGAAGGAGCGGGUGCACGACGCGCGACGCAUCAUCGGCUCGCUGGAGCUGCCGCGGGCGCUGCCGCUGCGGUGCAAGAGCAAGGACGCGACGCAGAACUACGACUGCGUCGUGUGGAGCGGCGACCUCAACUUCCGGCUCGACCAGAGCAGGGAGGACGUGGUGCAGUGGGCGUGCAACGACCAGGCCUUCCCCGCCGACGUGCCGCUCAUCCUGAACGGCGACCAGCUGCGCCAGGUCAUGGAGGAGGGCUCGGCGUUCAACGACUUUCAGGAGGGGCCCAUCACCUUCCCCCCCACCUACAAAUACGACCCCGGCACGGACCACUUCGACACCUCCAGCAAGCGCCGCACGCCCGCCUACACGGACCGAAUCCUCUUCAGGUCGCGCCUGCUGCACGACCUCGAGUGCCGCCAGUACAGUUCCGCCCACCAGGUGCUCACCUCGGACCACAAACCCGUCUGGGCCCUUUUCCGUGCCAAACUUCGCCCAGGCAAAGACUCGGUGCCUCUUGCUGGCGGACAGUUCAACAGGGAAGUGUACAUGGAGGGGAUGAAGAGGAGGGUGGCCGCCAUGGAGAAGCGCAAGGGCCACUCGCUCGUUUGCUCCGUGCAAUGAGACAAUUUGUUUUUGUGUUAUUAUUCUCCACUUACCGAGCUGUAGUUCUAGUCAGCAUUUUUAUUUCAGGUGAUUUUUUACAACAUAUCAUACUUGUUCAAGUGUUUUCUUAGACGUUUGCGAAAAAAAAAACUAGGAUUAUUCUCGAGGCACUCUUUUAAGUGUUUAGUGUUCAAAUUUAAUAGUCAUUUUUGUGAGUCACACAUAGAUAUUAUAUUCUACUCCCGUUGUUAUAUUAAUUAAUUAUUCGUGUGGUAACUCGUAAUGCUCUCGUCAAGGAGUUUUAACUGUUUAAUGUCACAUAUUGAUGUUCAAGAAGAGAUUCCACUGACAAAUGUUGAAAUGUUUGACCCUAUUUUAAUAUCUGACUUUAAGCCCGAAUGCCUUGACUUGGAAUUGAAUGUGAUCCGGAGCUACUCUUUUAGAAAUUAAUCAGAUUCUCACUCGCAUUGUUUGCCGCUUGUCGUUGCACCGUGUAACAAGGGCCCCUCUACAGCCGCCGCCUUGUUGACUAAAGAGGUGUUUGUUAUCUCAAAUGAUUUAUGUUGUUGUGCCGAUGUAGACCGUUGACACUCUCGGAAUGUUGUUUUGUCGGACAACGGCGGACAGAAUAAUAAUAAAAACCCAGUGUAAUUAAUUAAUAUAUGCAUAGAAAAUAGAUUUUAUUUUGAUUUUUCACUUAACACAAUCUUACGUAAUUAUUUUAUUUCUAUCAGCUUGAUUGGAUUUGCAACUAGUAGAGCAAAACUACCUCGUAUCAAAAUAACAUUGAAAUCACUUCAUUGCAUGCCUUUUCCUCUUUACAUAUAUAUAUUUAAUAAAUGCACACACAGUUGUCACACGUGUCAAUGCCAGAGUUUCAGAUUUUUCCUCUUUAUUGUCCGAUACAAAUAAAAAAUCCAAUGGAUUGCUCAGCCUUUGGCAUUUCUGCGUGUGAUAAGAAUCGUCACAAUUAGAGAAAGAGUAUAAUUUGAUACAAAAAUUAAUCGGUUGGAUUGUAGAAGCACUAAAGCAAAAUUAUAAAAUUCAAAACUGCCAAACUAUUCACACAAAAUAAUUGUCAAAGUGCCAAAAAAGAAUAAAUCACAAGUAUAUGUACAUAA